CUGCGGAACUGCGUUUUACCAAUUCAGCUGUAAAAACGUUGCAAAAUAUUUGUAAAAAUAUAAGGAAGUAAAGAAGGAGCUAAACAACUACGCGAAACUACGUGAACGCAGCGAGGAACCCAAGCGCAGCGCGGCUCAAGCCAAAAGGCAUUUAAAAUGGCUGACGAGUAUAUGCCAGAUGUCAGCUUGAUGGACACAAUUGUGCCCGCCAUACUGGGACUCACCGCAGCCGCAGUGCUCUCGACUGUGGCCUGCAUCUGUGCCCGGCAGAUGCGCAUACGGAACAAGAAGCAGAACCAGCACGAUGCGUCGUUCCCGUUCCAGCCGACGCGCCGUCCGACCGCAGUUCGUUCGCCGAGUGGCCAGCCGCCGCACUAUCUGAAGAAGUCGCCAUCGCCCACCGGGGGCAAGCAAAUGGGCCUGCUCUCGCCCAUGCAGGAUCAGUCGACGUCGCCGACAGCACCGCAGAACAUGAAGUACGCCGAGGAGGACGAGGUGUCGCAGCAGGCGCAGCUGGCCCAGCAGCAGCACCACUCCAACAAGCUGAAUGUGGUCGACAAUGCCAAGCACCACAAUCAGCACCACUCGCCGGUGGAGACCAUUGCCAAUGGCAAUGUGACCAUCACUCUGGACGAGACGCUGACCAACGGCAAGGAGCUGACCGUCACUGAUCAGUACGGAAAGCUGGGCACCAUUUACUUCAAGCUGCGCUACCUGGCUGAACGAAACGCUCUCAUGGUCUCCAUCAUACGCUGCCGCGGACUGCCCUGCAAGGGUGGGGCCGGCGGCACCGGCGAUAUACCCACUGGCAUGAAUGGACGCACUCAGGCAGCCACCGAUCCGUAUGUGAAGCUGCAGCUGCUGCCGGACAAGCAGCACAAGGUGAAGACCCGCGUGGUGCGCAACACCCGGAAUCCGGUUUAUGACGAGGACUUCACAUUCUACGGCUUGAACAUGAACGAUCUGCAAAACAUGAGCCUGCACUUUGUCAUACUCAGCUUCGAUCGCUACUCGCGCGACGAUGUCAUCGGCGAGGUUGUCUGCCCAUUGUCCUCCAUCGAGAUUGGCGACAUAUCCAAGGAAGCGCUCUCCAUCAGCAAGGAAAUACAGCCACGCAGCCUGAAGAUACGCGCCCAGGGACGCGGCGAGCUCCUCAUCUCGCUCUGCUGGCAGCCGGCCGCCGGACGCCUAACUGUCGUCUUGUUGAAGGCCCGCAAUUUGCCUCGCAUGGAUGUCACCGGCCUUGCUGAUCCCUACGUCAAGAUCUACUUGCUCUACAACGGCCAGCGCAUAGCCAAGAAGAAGACCCAUGUCAAGAAACGCACGCUCAGUCCGGUCUUUAAUGAGAGCUUUGCUUUUGAUAUUCCAGCUGCAGAGGGCACUGGCGCCACAUUGGAGGGCGUCUCAUUGGAGCUGAUGCUACUCGACUGGGAUCGCGUGACCAAGAAUGAGGUUAUUGGACGCCUAGAGCUGGGAGGACCCAAUUCGAGCAGCACCGCUUUGAACCACUGGAACGAAGUUUGCAAUUCGCCACGUCGCCAAAUUGCCGAAUGGCACAAAUUGAACGAGUGAAAUGCUUGAGCUGUAUCAAUUUUCAGGGGCAGCGACCUGGCGCUGGCGCCGCCUACCCAACCACAACAACCAAUAAUAACAACAACAACUUUAUAAAA